AAAUGUUAAAUGUAGCCAGGUCUAUCGGCAACACAGUUCCCGGACAAAUCAGUUCGCAGCCGUGCUAACUAAUAAGCUAGCUAUGUUGUCAGCCUGUAUCCCAGAACGGAGGAGGGCAUACGAAACUGCGAAGACAGUUCCGACGUAAUACGUUUGGAAAAUAUUUGGAAUUCCACUUCCGUCCGAGACGUGACUCUUUCUUUUGACGAGAGAAUUCCGCUAGUUAAUACACUUUGGCAACUUUUGGUUGGCAUUUACACGUUAAUCGAUGGCUUCCUCGCCGCAGAAAUCUCCGUCUUCUCCUAAAUCACCGACCCCAAAAUCGCCACCUUCAAGAAAGAAAGAUGAUUCCUUUCUGGGGAAGCUUGGAGGAACUUUGGCAAGAAGGAAAAAGGCAAAAGAAGUGUCUGAGCUCCAGGAGGAGGGGAUGAACGCCAUCAACCUGCCCCUCAGCCCCAUCCCGUUCGAGCUGGACCCCGAGGACACCAUGUUAGAGGAGAACGAGGUCCGCACCAUGGUCGACCCCAACUCGAAGAAUGACCCCAAACUGCAGGAGCUGAUGAAGGUGCUCAUAGACUGGAUCAACGACGUGCUGGUGGGGGAGCGGAUCAUUGUGAAGGAUCUGGCCGAGGACCUCUACGACGGCCAGGUUCUGCAGAAGCUCUUCGAGAAACUGGAGGGGGAGAAGCUGAACGUCGCCGAGGUGACGCAGUCGGAGAUCGCCCAGAAGCAGAAGCUGCAGACGGUUCUGGAGAGGAUCAACGACACUCUGAGGGUCUCGUCCAGGAACGUCAAGUGGACCGUCGACUCGGUCCAUGCUAAGAGCAUGGUGGCCAUCCUCCAUCUGCUGGUGGCCCUCUCCCAGCACUUCCGAGCUCCGAUACGACUCCCGGACCACGUGUCCAUUCAAGUUGUAGUGGUCCAGAAACGUGAGGGAAUUCUGCAGUCUCGCCAAGUCCAGGAGGAGAUCACUGGGAACACUGAGGCUUUGUCUGGAAGACAUGAGAGGGACGCCUUCGACACUCUGUUCGACCACGCUCCGGACAAGCUGAACGUGGUGAAAAAGACCCUCGUCACCUUCGUGAACAAGCACUUAAACAAGCUGAACCUGGAGGUGUCGGAGCUGGACACACAGUUUGCUGACGGGGUGUAUCUGGUGUUACUCCUGGGCCUCCUGGACGGAUACUUCGUUCCCCUCUACAACUUCUUCCUCACCCCUGAGAACUUUGACCAAAAGGUGCACAACGUGGCGCUCUCCUUCGAGCUGAUGCAGGACGGCGGACUGGAGAAGCCCAAACCCAGGCCCGAGGACAUAGUGAAUUGCGAUCUGAAGUCCACGCUGAGGGUGCUGUACAACCUCUUCACCAAAUACAGGAAUGUUGAAUAAACAGGAAGCGUCUCCGGGGCAACCGGCCUGGUCAGCAGGCUCCUUCACCGCUACCGUUCUCCGCCCCCUGACGGCACACACGGACUGCCGUACAUGCGAUCCCAGUUAAUAAUGUAUUACCCCUGCAGACAUUUUGGGCGGAUAUCAAAUAUAGGUUUUUUUUUGUUGUUUUUUUUUUUUUGUUUUUGUGAUUUGAUUUGAACGGUGAUUCGUUUUAUCGUUAUUGCUUUUCAUUUUGAGGAAAAUAAGAAAAUCUCGAACGCAAAUAAUCAUGUUGUUAAAUAUAAAUACAACAGAACAGGCAUUGGUAGAAACAGGUAUCGGAAAGCAUUCAGACACGUGUGAAAGUGUAAAUGUGGAUCUUGUUAAGGUGCGGUAUAGCACCACAUGGAAAGUCAGGGGUGAAGCUACAUUCCUGUUAAACUGUUAAAAGGUAACGCCAUUUUGACCAAAAGCCCCUAAAUUGCUGGAGGAGCCCUUGAAGCAACAUGGGACCAUACAACAUUUAUGAUGGCUUUUAGAAAUGUGUGUACUUUUUAUUGUAAUAUAUACAAUACAGAUCAAUUUUCUAGACUUAAUGCCUACCAGUGUGUAAUUAUACAGUGCCUUCCAAAAGUGUAGGUAGAGAUUUGUUAUUUUUGCUAUAUACUUCAGGCAUUUGGAUUUGAGAUUAAAAAGUUAAUUAGAAAAAAUGUACAGAUAAUCAGCUUUUAUCUCAUGGUGUUUACAUGCAUGUAUGUUUUACCAUUUUACAGAAACAUCUGUUUUUUGAUUGAGUCCUCCCAUUUUCAGUUGUGCAAAAGUAAGUCGGUGGAUGAACUUAAAAGUAAAUCGAAGCAACAAAAAAAAAAUCUAAUAUUUGCUUGCGUAGCCCUUACCUGCAAUAACUGCGUUAAUUCUGUGACCCACUUACAUUGUCGGACAUUUGGUAUCUCUUCUUUGGAAAUGCCUUUCCGGGCUUUCACUGCAGCCACUUGCGGUCGGUAGUUGUUUUGGGGGGAUUUCUGUCUUCGGUCUACUCCGCAGCGAGUGAAACGCGUGCUCGAUCGGAUUUAAAUCGGGUGACUGAUUUGGCCAGUCCGAAGCUUUCGGCGUUUCCCCGCUGAUGAAUGCUUCGGCUGCAUGGGCAGUUCGUUUGGAGCCAUCGUUUUGCCGCAGGAUGAAGCACCAGCCAAUGAGGUUGGGAGAAUUUUUUCAUCCCUAGCCUGACAAAGCCUGUCCGAAUCCGUCCUGCUGCUGCCCUCCUCCAUUACACUGUCAAUAAAUGUGAAUGAGCAUGUUCCGGAAGCAGCCGUACAUGCACAAGCCAUGACACUACCUCCAUCAUAUUUCACAGAUGUGGUGGUACGCUGUGGUACACGUUUGGCUUUCCGUCAUUUGGUUAUAGGUUUAUUUUGCUCUCACCUGACCGUAAAACUUUGUUCCAGAACUUUUCUGGCUCGUCUCAGUGUUUUUUUUUUUCUUCUUUUGUUUUGUUUUUUUUUUUAGCAGAUUCUAAUCAGGCCUUUGAUUCUUGCUGCUGAUUAGAGGUUCGCAUCAUGCAGUGCACCACUGUCCUGGAGACUGCUGGUGAUGUCAUUGUUUCUUAGGGUUUUUCUUAGGAUUCCUUUGUCACCAACUGCAGUUGUUUUCCUUGGACAAACCACCAGUGGUUUCCUUCUUUUUCAAAACUUUCCAAACUGCUGUACUUUCUAUAUCCAGUUUCUGUUCUUUCCUUCUUAAUGAAUUCUUCUGUUCUCUCAGCUUACCGACGUUCAGUAGUUUUUCAGCCUUUUCUCUGGUCUUCGUGGUGGUGCAUGCCUUCUGACUCCAAAUGCAAUCUCCACAGAUGAAAACAAAGGCUGAACCCAAGACUAGACACUCACUGCUCUUUUAUGUGUGAACAAUCCAUGCAAAAGGAAAUGCCCAAGCAACAGUUAACACCUGUCUGUCAUCCGUUAACUUACUUUUUCACAGCGAAAAUGUGGGGACUCAACACAAAAACUGCUGUUUCUGGAAAAUGGUAAAACGUACAUGCAUGUAAAUACCGUGAAAUAAAUGCCGAUUGUCUGUACUUUUGUCUCAUAUUCAUCCUUUGAUCUCAAUUCAGAAUGCCUUAAGUAUAUAGCAAAUUCUGUAAAAAAGUGUUUUGAAAACAGAAACCUGCUAGAAUCCAGGAAGCUCUGGUAAAAUCAAACCCGGUGUACAAACUUAGGUUUAUACCAGCUUAGGGUGAGGAGUAUAUCAGUGCAGUAAACUGGAAAUAAGACCAUUAAAAUAUAACAUAAAUGAAUAUGUUACCGACAGUGACUUUGUCACUCAUGGAUUCUGUAGGUAGACGACAACGGAUUAAGAUUAGGUUUAGUGAUAAACUCCAGCACUAGGACUCAAGAGUUAAAUGUAACUUCUGAUGGGGGGAAUAAACACAAACUCUAAAUACAAAGAAUGAAUAAUAUCUCUCAUUAGCUGCCUGGUCGUUGGUUUGCAUUAAUGUGUUUGCAUUUCACUAAAUUCUUUGGUUUCAGAUCAAAUCAGUUAUUGUUCAACUCACUCCCCUGGAUGCCAAGAAGUCACCCUUUUCAGAAAGGGAGACUUCGGAACCCCAGGAGCCAGCAAUCCCAUAGUCCACUGCUCCAUUGUGUUUAUAAUAAAGGCUUCACAUUUAUAAAAUGCAAAGUUUAGCUGAGAUACAUCAGAUGGAAGGAUAAGUCACCUGCUUGGAGAUUUACACUAGGGUGAUCAUGCCAGAAGAUAUGGCAUCUCUUAGCAUGCAGGGAUGUGUGUAUCAUGUUUGGAAAUUGUCUUGUCUGACAUCUUUAAUAUUGUUGUCUUUAAUAUGUGUUAUAUUUCUUCUGUCCCAUGUUGUGUUUUUUCUUAUGAGCACUGAGAUGAAGGAUAAUAUCAAUUUUAUGCUUUAUUUUGCAGACAAAGUAUUCUAAUUCCAUAACACUAAUUAGACUGAAAACAAGGAAGCUUACUGAAAAUCUGUCCUUUGUGUGAAGUAUUAGCACAUGUUUUUUCUAAGGGAUGUAACUGACAAGGCUUAGCACAAACCAUUUUGUUGCUUAAUUGCCUUGCAUGCUUUUAUACGGAUUUUGAUAUUACUUUUAAUUUCAUGAACAGUUUUGCGGUUUGAAGGAGAAACAUUCUCGAAGUAUAUGCACUGUUCAUUAAAAAAAAUGCUGAUUACACGAAAUGCUAAAAUAAAUAAUCUCUAAAACCCGUA